AUCCCCAGUUCGCCAGCCAGCCAGCAACACCACCAGCGCCCUCCCUCCCCCAACAACACCCCGCAAAGGCGGCCCUCUCUCUCACCCUCUCACACCGACACACGAGCGGCAAUGGCGCCCCUCCCAACCGCCGAACCGGUAGAGCCGGUAGAGCGCCUCCCCAUGCCCUCGCGGAACCCGUUACCGUUGUCCGCGGGCCAGGAGACGCAGGUGCGGGACCUGUAUUUUGCGCGUGUGCGCGCCCUUUGCGCGGCGGAGAUUAAAGAAUUCGCAGAAUGCGCUGUCGGCAGGACAUUCACAGCGCCCUUCGCGUGUCGCGCCCAACGCCUAGGAAUGAACAGCUGUAUGAUUGCGCACGCCACGCAAGCGGAACAAGAUAACGCGCGAGAAGAGUGGUUCGGGCUGCGGCUUCAACGACAGAAAGACCGCGAGGCGAAGGAUAGGCGGCGGAAGGAGCAGGAGAAGUUUCAUAGGGAGUGGUGGGGAUUGCCGGAGGCGGAUCGGGAGGGGGAGAAGGGGAAGGCGGUGUUGAGGAAUGCGGAGAGGGUGGGGGGGUUCCCGAAGAGUGAUGAGGGGCAGUUGAGUAAGGAUAGGCAUCGGUAAGGGGUGGGGAGUGUGCAUGGAUGGGCGUUUGGGUUGUGUGUGCUACUGUAUUAAGAUUGGCGCUUGGGUUGCGCGGAAGCGCGUGUAGGAUGUGUAGGAUAGGUGGAUGGAUAGUCUCCCAAUUGAGUGAAGCUUGUAUCUAUAAGCCGUGAGGUUCUUGAACGCUGUGAGAGCCGGAGCGGGGAGUCGUGUCUGUGAGGUUUUACAAGACUGGAGUGUGGCCAUAUGGUAGCAACUAGAGUGAAG